UGAGCCGGUCGUCACAGAGCGUGUGCGUCCUUCCCGCGUGUGCGUGCCUGAAAUCAAAGCAAGUCCAGCGGUUGUCUUUGGGUCCUUCCCAGCAGCGCCAUCAUGCCCGAGACCGCAGAGUCGCACGCCUUCAACCUGACCACCAACCGCAACUGCACCAUCGAGGUCUCCAACGUCACUCAUGGCUUCUGCCUCACCAACCCCAAGGUCUACAUGGAGAGCGGGUUCCCCUUCAGCCCCCCCCAGCCCACCGUGCGCCUCCACCGCAGCGAAGUGUGCUCCUUCACCAAGGACGACAACACGGCGUCGGGCGCCGUGGGCGUCGUGACCUACGAGCUAUUCGACAUGAAUCGGAAACAUUGCAACGAGCUGGUGGCCAUCAUGUUCUCGGUACCGUUCGACUACGCCAUCUUCAAGAACUGGCUGGGGGUGGGCGUGUUCGAGCACACGCGGCCGUGCGACAAGAAGCUGUACGAGCACAUGUACAACGAAAAGGAUUUCACCAACUUUGUGCGUCACGAAGCAGACGGCUCGGGCGUGAUGUACAAGGGCCGCAUGGUGGACGUGAGGGCCUGCAUGUCUGACGAAGGUCGCGCCAUCGUCAAGGUCGAAGUCUACGACAGGAUGGGAUGAUGUCCAAAUAAAAGCUUGUUGAACGAAUAAAAGCU